AUGUUGGCAGAAGUCAGGCUGAGGGAGUUGGAGACGUUGAUUGUUACGGGAAGGUUACUCAGUGUCGAGGGGCUCCUGGAUGUCUUGGUUUGUGUGUACGAGGAGCUGAGCCGGUCGGCUCUCAGGGAGCAGAAGCACAUCUUGGACUUCCUUGCGUGGGCUGGUCCGAUCGUGAGGGAGGUGAAGGAUCUGCAACUGCAGAGGAACGACUUUGACAUCCUGAAAGUCAUCGGCAGAGGAGCCUUCAGCGAGAUUGCGGUGGUGAGGUUGAAGCUCACGGACAGAGUGUAUGCAAUGAAGAGAAUGAACAAGUGGGACAUGUUGAAACGAGAGGAGACUGCCCGAUUCCGUGAGGAGCGCCAGGUUCUGGUCAACGGGGACAGUCGAUGGAUCACCAAGCUCCACUUUGCCUUUCAGGAUGAGGAUCACCUGUAUUUCAUCAUGGAUUACUACGCGGGAGGAGAUUUCCUGACGUUACUGAGCCGGUUCGGUGAUCGAUUUCCAGAAGACAUGGCACGGUUUUACCUCGCGGAGCUCGCGCUGGCCAUUAGCUCUGUGCACGAUCUUGGCUACGUACACAGGGACGUGAAGCCUGAUAAUAUCCUGCUGGACGUGAGUGGCCACAUCAGGCUGGCCGACUUUGGCUCCUGCCUGCAACUGAACGAGGACGGCUACGUGCAGUCGGCUGUGGCAGUCGGAACCCCUGACUACAUCUCCCCGGAAAUCCUGCAGGCUCUGGAGGACACCUCGGCAAUGUACGGCGCAGAGAGCGACUGGUGGUCCUUUGGGGUCUGUGCUUAUGAGAUGCUUUUUGGACAGACACCCUUCUACGAUGAUACUCUGGCGGGCACUUACAGGAAGAUCCUCAAUCACAGAGAGACCUUUCAUUUCCCGGAGUCAGAGUCGGACGUGACGGACGAGGCGAGGAAUUUCAUCCGGGAAUUGGUUUGCAGCAGAGAGGAGCGGCUGGGACGGAACGGAGUGGAGGACUUGAAGCAGCACCCCUUCUUCAGCGGCAUUGCGUGGGACCUUCUGGGUCAGUGCGAGCCUCCCUUCCUCCCCGAUGUCACUGAUCCCACAGACACCUCAAACUUCGACGUGGAGGAUGAUACCUUCAGUGCUCCUGAGACUUUGUGUCCCGUUGCCAACAGCAGUCUUCCUGGAAUCCACCUUCCGUUUGUGGGAUUCACCUUCUCCGGCGUCAGGCAGAGUGACGCGGCUGAGGUUGUGAAGGGGCCAGGCUCAUCGACGGAGGAAGCGAAACGUGCCACAGGUGGGAGCAGGGAGCUGGUCUCAAACGCAGAGGUUCAAGCAUAG